AUGGCCGGCGCUCGCGUGGUCGCAGCAUGGUUGGGCGGCACCUGCAGCUCGCUCGUCCCGAUGGCAGACCUGUCCAGGAGCACGGACGCAUCGCAGCCCUGGAUUGAGUCGUGGAAGUGGAAACGGAUCGAGGCGAAUGGGGCCAUCGGGACCUCGCCAUCGGAGGAGCCACGCCGGCCGCUUAGGGAGGGAGGGGCCGCGUCGGCUGUGUUGUUCAUCAACCUUGCAUGCCGACUGUCAGAUCGAAUGCUUCUUGCAGCAAGCUACAUAGUGCUGCGUGCCUUCAGCUUGGUGGUCGGAGCUAGCAGCGCAUAUAUGGAAUCCACAUCCACUCCUGCAUGGGCGGGACCUUACGAGCUUCAGCUGGCGAUGAACUGGACCGCUGAAGAAGCACCAGCUGAUGAUGCUCAAGAAGUGUGGGCUCCUGCCGUUGGCCACCCUUUGCAGUAUGCGUCCAUCGCUGACAUAUUUGGUUCCUCCUGCAGCCUCCAACCGUAUGUCGUCCCUGCUAGCAGCUACUCUAGCGGAGGGCAGCAGCAACUGGUUGAGUACAACUACUAUGCUGCGGCCGCACAGCACCAUGAUCCAGAUCCUAUGGAGACCUAUAUGAAUAGCCCUAAGAAGUUGUUCCAGGAAAGACAGAAGGAGUUCAAGGAUGAUGCCAAAUUGAUGAAAACGAAGAUGCAUAGGUACCCUCCAAGCAUUCAAGCUCUCGGCGAUUGGUGUACUGUGCCCAAGGUCGUGGCCAUCGGCCCUUACUACCACCGCCGAGACCACCUCCAGAAGGCGGAGAAGAUGAAGCAUGUGGCUGCGCAGUACUGCAUCCAGUUGUACAACAGGGUCAACAACGACAAUCCCGGCCUCUCGGUCCGGGACUUGUAUGUCGAGGUGGUCUCCGUCGCCGCGAAAAUCGAUGCCCGCGGCCUCUACGACAAGGACGUGAUGGCAGGUAUCGGCUAUGAGGACGACUUCCUACCUAUGAUGUUCUAUGACGCCUGCUUCUUGGUGAUAUACACUCUUAGGAAGUCGGGCACGGGGUUGGACCAGGACCUGUCCGAUUUCUUCGAGUCCAACGACAAUGACAUCGCUCAUGACAUCAUGCUGCUUGAGAACCAGAUCCCCUUGCAGGUGAUGUCCGCCGUCAUGAACAUGUGCACAUCCGAGCCCUUGGAGAGAAUGAAGAGGUUCAUUGCUAUGUGGCGAGGAGAUGGCUUUCUGCAAGACCGGGUUGACCGUGAAUUGCCUGGUGACUGGGACCAAGACUACUACGAUAAAGCACCGCAUCUCCUUGGCCUCCUCCGAUUCUACGCUGUAGGAAAAAGAAGCAGGGAAACCAAGGUGACACGUUCAGAUUUUGAGAAAAUGGAAUCAAUAACAAUUUCAGCCGGUGCCAUCGAGCUUGCCGAAAUGGGCAUCUUCCUCACAGCCAACGAAACAACGGAGCUCCCAUACAUGGGCAUCGCCAGGAAGUGGAUCAUCUUCGCCGAGCUCUCCAUGGCGCCGCUGUCUCUCAACGAUGCACGUGCAAGCUGGCUCGUCAACAUGGCGGCUCUCGAGCUAUGCACGACUCCAAAUUUUCUGAUGGCAAGGCGGAAUUUGAAGACUCUGCUGUCUGCUCUGUACCUCCUCCUCCUGUGCAUGUUGAUGCAUCGGGAGGAGGACGUGCAUGAGCUGCGAACCAAGGGUAUCCUGCAAGGAGGAGCAGGGCUCAACAACAAGAAGACACUCGACUUCUUCACCAGCCUGCAGAGCCUGCGCAAAGGACGCUGCUAUGACCUCGUCAUGGUAGAGAUUCAGAAUUACAGGAACAAGAGGCCGUGGAUCAAGGUGUACGCGUUUCUUUACAACAACUGGAAGUACAUCGUCGCGGUUGGCUCCACCUUUGGUGGAUUUAUCGGUAUCAUAACGGCGCUCAUGAGACUCAAGGGCGCCCAUUGA